GACGCCGUGUGGUUCAACAGGGACAGCGGUUAGCUAGCAGACGGGCCAACUUUCCGGUCCAUGAGACUAUAAUUAAUUCUCCAAGCGACGUGUCCUGGUUCGGUUUACCCGGGAGGCGAAAGGCUAAAAAAAAUAAUAAUAAAAUAACGGCUACGGUUUAGCCUCCCCUGCCGUUGUUCGCGCGCACGUAUUUAAAGAGAAGUUAUCUCGGGAUAAAUUAGCCAGAUUAGGCACGGAGUUGGUCGCAGAGCUCCUUGUUUCGUGUCCAGAUUCGGCGCCGAGCACGGUUUGACGGUUCCACGGACCAUGGUUCUCCUGAAAAACAUCCACCCUCCCACCGAGGGAGUGCGACACGAGCAAGCCGACACCACGGCGGUGCUGGACGGCCAGAGGCUGGGCUGCGGCACGCUGUACGUCGCCGAAACGCGCUUGUCGUGGUUUGAUGGAUCAGGGUUGGGUUUCUCUCUGGAAUAUCCCUCCAUCGGGCUGCAUGCCAUCUCCAGGGAUGUGAGUGCGUACCCCCAGGAACAUCUGUACGUCAUGGUGAACGGAAAACUCAACGAGGAGAAUGAGGCAGAAAUGGCCGAGAAGGAAGCAGGUGAUGAGGAGGAUGACGGCAGCAGCAGCGGAGGGGACGACGACGACGAAGGGGUGAUCUCAGAGAUUCGGUUUGUGCCGACCGACAAGACGUCAUUGGAGUCCAUGUUCUCAGCCAUGUGUGAAUGCCAGGCCCUUCAUCCCGACCCGGACGAUGAAGACUCUGACAACGACUUUGAGGGAGAGGAGUAUGACGUGGAAGAGGCUGAGGCAGAGCACGGCCAUGCUGACAUCCCGACCUUCUACACGUGUGACGAGGGUUUGUCGGCGCUGACGCAGGAAGGCCAGGCCACGCUGGAGAGGCUGGAAGGGAUGCUGGCCCAGUCCGUGGCUCAGCAGUACCACAUGGCCGGAGUGAGGACCGAAGAAGCAAAGCCGGAGUUUGAAGAUGGGAUGGAGGUGGAUGCUGCAGCCAUGGAGGCCGGUCAGUUUGAGGACGCAGACGUCGAGCACUAGAUGAAGUCGUGUCAACAUCCAAACAAAGCACCAGUGGGACCAGAGGAGGAGACGGCAGCACUUAUUCACGGCUUUCUGCUCGGACCCACACCCUCUUCCUGUUUCAGGAGUUUUCUCUUCUCCUCCGUGUGCUGAAACUCUUCUUAGUGGCCCUUCUUGCUUCGGCUCAUG